AUGCAUCUAGUCCGAUUUGUGCUCUUCAUUGUGCUCCCAUUGGCCUUCGCUGUGAGCCCACAAUAUUCUGUGCAUUUGCCUUGCUCUACGACAGACCCAACGGAAGAGAAUUAUGUCGAAGCUUGUUUGCAAAAAAAAUAUUGCCCAGGGCACGAAGUAGACGAGAGACUUCAAGGAAAAAUAUUUGCAGAUUUUCUCGAAACAUUGUAUGGCGAGAAGAAUGUCAGCAAGGCCUUCGAAACCUACGUCGAUCUCAACGUCAUCGAACACGACCCAGAUGAUACCCAAGACCGUGACGCUAUUGUUGCGAGGUUAUCACAAAUCAUUCCUUUCGCAAAUAUGACCAUCCUGUCAUCGAACUUUAACAAUAAUAUCGGCCUGGCGCACGUGAAAGUGAAUGAAGAUCCAGAACCAGCCGCUCUCGCAGAUAUUUAUCGCAUGGAAGGGACUUGUAUUGUUGAACAUUGGGAUGUUAUCCAGUUCAGGCCAGCGAACUCCAUCAACCCAAUUGCCAUGUUCUGA